AAAAAGUAUAUCGAGUUACCGGCGGCAGAACCCGCGGAUGGGGGACGAGGAGGGAACGUGUACCUGCGAGUCGAUCGCACGUGUGAUUCGCUGUUGCAUUUACACGAACGCAAGACGUGGCGAGCGAAGAAGGGGUAUCACGGAAGCGCGGCGGAACACGCGAGCGGCGGCCGCGAGCGGCAUCGCGUGGCGCCGGAUCAGGAACACAUGUACAUUCCAGUGCCUCCGGGGACGGUGGUCCGACGCAAACGCACAGGCGAGCUCUUGGGUGAUAUGACCAAGCACGGGCAGACUUUACUCGUCGCCGAGGGUGGGGGCGGUGGAUUAGCCGCGCGCAGACAACAGCGUCAGGUGAAUCGCAAAAUGCGCAACGGCAAGGAGGAAGACUUUGAGGCUUCAGACAUCGCCAUCGAUACCGCUUCGUUGGUUUCGACGGUGGGCGAGGACGGCGAAGAGCUGUCAAUUGAGUUAUUGAUGCGAGUCGUCGCCGAUUGUGGCUUGGUUGGUUUGCCUAACGUUGGGAAAUCAUCUCUGUUGAAAGCCGUCACGCGGGCGUCGCCGGAAAUCGCCAACUACGCCUUUACGACACUCAUGCCGAAUCUCGGGGUGAUUAAGACCGAAGAUGAUCUCGCCCCGACGGGUGAGUCAUCGACUGUCAUGGCUGAUUUGCCAGGUUUAAUCGAGGGUGCACAUAAGGGCUUGGGCCUUGGUCGAGCGUUUUUACGACACUUGCGCCGCACGCGUUCAAUGGUUUGUGUCGUUGACGCCUCGGGGCAAGACCCGGUGAGCGAUUACGUCGUGGUGCGUCAAGAGUUGAAGUUAUACAACCCAGAGUACGUCAAAAGACCGCACAUCUUGGUUCUGAACAAAACCGACCUC